UCACUCGAGAAAUGGAUCCUCAGUUCCUCGCUUAACCGGCUGUCGUCUAGUCUCUCUUUCGUUUUUUACGUGAUCGACAUUUUUUGACCGAAAGACAGAGAGGAAGAGAAAAAAAAAGAGAAACUAAAACCGUUCGAGCAGCGUCGUCGAUCGAUUCGGCAAGUAAAUCGAUGUUGAAGACUUGCACUCGGCGCGUAUCUGCGCGAUCUACGAACAAUCGUCGCGCGACGUGAUCAAAGCGGAAAAUCUCCGACGAAGAAGCAUCAGCAUCAGCAGCAGCGGUGCGCGUCUCCGUUGCUUACCCACAAGUGAAACUGCCACAAUCGAGCACAAAGAGAGAUCAUCGUCGUCAUGAACGAUCGGGAUAGUCCGUUUGUGCGCACGCAGGCUAGCAGAAGCCUGAUUCGGCCGCAGGCGAGCGCGCGUAAGUUUAUGGCGCCGUCUCCCGCGGAGAGGGCGAGCCAUCAGCUGGUGAACCGACACAUCGCUAAUGAGUCGGAAACCACGACGAGCCCGACGAGCAUGCAGAAGCGCCUGUCGGCGCCGCAUGCGCCCCUGGAGAGCCUGAAGCAGUGGGAACUGGUUGAGGACGGCAAGGGUCUGCAGGUGGUUGAGAAGCGAGCGGUUGCGCCGAACCCGAUCAGACCCAGAGACGCCGCGCCAGUUCCGGCAAGUCCGUUGCCACACGGUCGAGGAGCUGUCUUUGCUUCCGGAAGAAAGAAUCCUAAUAUCGUAAUGGACGCGAAUCUGGAGGAAAAACUUCGGGUCUUCAACGAGUCGAAGAUCAUCCAACCGAUCGGACUUCCGCUCAAUCAGCGGGAAUCGUCCGCUGCUUCAUCGACCGAGUCGAAAGCGUCGCUUAGUCUCGAUUUGAUUCUGAAACAACAGCGAGCGAACUCGUCGACGGUCGAGAGCAUCGACAUGCUCCAGCGAUUGGAGCAGCAAGUCAAGGCGAUCGAGAUGGGCACGAUCGCCGCUAGGACGACGCGCCAGUUGGAAAACAGUUCGGACUUCGGACCGGAAGUGCAACUCAGAUACCGGGAGCACGAGGAUCUGCUGCGGAACGUGACCGACGACGAAGCCGACGGGGCCUCGCCGUUGCAUCGGGGAGACGCGACGCGGAAUUCUACCGGAAAUGCCUGCAUCGCGCCGAAAAAACCCGCCGUCAAGUUGUCCAGAACUGCGUCGGACACGCGACGGGGACAGGAAACGGAGAUGAGAGCGCAAUCAAGGAUGCCGCAAACUCGCGCGCUCAUCCGACCGAUCGUUACGAAGAAGGAACAGCGUCAACAGCAGCAACAGCAGAACAACGCGGUCACCACGAGGCCGUUGUCGGACAUUUUGCAGAAGGGUAUUCCGAGCGAAAAGGAGACGGGAGAUGGCGUAGUAGGAGGGGUAGUGGGAGGAGGUCGGCUCUCUUCGAGGAGUCGGACCUCCGAGGAACCUCACAUUGGCAAGUACAAAUUACUGAAAACCAUCGGCAAAGGUAAUUUCGCCAAGGUGAAACUUGCUAAGCACGUGCCUACGGGGAAAGAGGUGGCCAUCAAGAUAAUCGACAAGACUCAAUUAAAUCCUGGUAGUCUUCAAAAGUUGUUCCGAGAAGUGAGGAUAAUGAAGAUGCUCGACCAUCCGAACAUAGUGAAGUUAUUCCAAGUAAUCGAGACUGAAAAGACGCUGUACCUGGUAAUGGAGUACGCGAGCGGUGGCGAGGUCUUCGACUACUUGGUACUACACGGAAGGAUGAAGGAGAAGGAGGCGAGGGCGAAGUUCAGGCAGAUAGUUUCUGCUGUGCAAUACUGCCAUCAAAAGAAGAUAAUUCACAGGGACUUAAAAGCCGAGAACCUGUUGCUCGAUAGUGAAAUGAAUAUCAAGAUUGCCGAUUUCGGUUUUAGCAAUGAAUUCACACCUGGUAACAAGUUAGACACAUUUUGCGGCUCGCCGCCGUACGCCGCGCCGGAACUCUUUCAAGGGAAAAAGUACGACGGUCCUGAAGUGGAUGUGUGGUCGUUGGGCGUAAUCUUGUAUACCCUGGUGUCCGGCUCACUGCCUUUCGAUGGUUCGACGUUAAGGGAAUUGAGGGAAAGAGUAUUAAGAGGGAAAUAUAGAAUCCCGUUUUAUAUGUCUACCGACUGUGAAAACCUUCUCAAGAAAUUCUUGGUGCUCAACCCGACGAAGAGAGCCUCAUUAGAGAGCAUAAUGAAAGACAAGUGGAUGAACGUGGGAUAUGAAGACGACGAAUUAAAACCGUACUUAGAACCUGAACCGGAUUACAGAGACCACAAGAGGAUAGGUGAGUCUGCCAAGGCUCUGGCCAGUUUGGGAUACACUCGAAGUGAAAUAGAAGAUUCCUUAGGACAAGCAAAAUACGAUGACGUGUUUGCCACGUAUUUGCUAUUGGGCAGAAAAACGACGGAUCCUGAAAGCGACGGUUCACGGUCAGGCAGUUCGCUGUCGCUGCGUAACAUUCCACCUCAAGUCAGCUCAGGUGGCGGAGGAGGAAGCAGCGGAGGAACAGGUGGCGCGGUACAGAGUCCAUCGCACAGAGGUGUUCACAGAAGUAUUUCUGCUAGCAAUCCAAAACCUAGUAGACGGGCCUCAUCUGGUGGUGAAACUCUUCGAGGCGCACCUAGUCCAGGUAAUGCAACGAAUCACAAUCACGCGACUGCGGUGACUGGCGCGACUGUAACCGGAAGCGGCGGUAGCAAUUUUAAGCGACAAAACACUGUGGACGCAGCCACGAUCAAGGAAAAUAGCGCUCGUGUUUCUGCAAGCCGGCCCUCCGCACCUAAAAACAGUCAACCACCCGGACAAUUAGAUACCAUGACGAUGUUCAUUCUAGGCGUGGGUACAAGUCCUGGUGGUAAGACAAGGGUAGGCAAGAGCAACACAAUGAACGCAGGGGUAGGUGGUGGUCGGCCUCUCACCUCACCUGCUCCUGGUUCUGUUGGUCGACGUAGUACCAUCUCCUAUGAUCAAGCGAAAACGUCAUCUUCAUCUACCGAAAGAACCAACGAAGUGCCCAGCCUGGGCGAGGGCACUAGACCGACGCGGGGUCACACCAAGUCUGCGAGCAUCAGUGCAGGUCACCGUUCCUCAAGUGGCGUACCCCCCAGCGACCAUUCACUACUGGACCCUCAACCACGCAACGCCCACAACUCCUUACUCGCCACUGCUGACCCUCUUAGGCAGAGUUUGGGUGUGUGCACAAGUAACAGACUGGCCACAGCCACUACGCCAGCAUUUCCACGGAAUGUUCCGAGUCGCAGUACGUUCCAUUCUGGCCAAAAUAGAGCACAGCGAAAUCACACUCAGGGUCACACGCAAACGCAGGACACAAAUGCAAUUAGCCCACUAGCAAGGCCGUCCUUUUUCUCGAAAUUAUCCUCGAAGUUCUCCAAACGAUUUUUUUAAAGUGAAGGAUGAAGUCUCGCCUUGUUUCCCCCGAGCUGAAAUGAGAGCGAGCGGCAUGCAAGAUAUAUCGCGCCAUGGCAAUCGCAACUUCCAUCAAUGUAUCAUUUUAUUUCGUUUCGAUUUUCUCUUAACUUUUUUUUCGUGAUUUACAGUGAGGACUAAGUAUAAUGUUGUAUAUUUUUGUAACAUCAUAGCGCAUUGUUUCUUCCUUUUUUCUUUUUUUUCUUAGGAAAAUAUGUUGGAUGACACGUCGUCAGUAAUUCAAAAUCGUGUACUUCAUACUCGAAUGGAACUUUUUGCGGUCAUUGCGAUGCUGAAGAGUAGUUUGGUGUUUAGCGUGCGCCGUUUACCAGUCACUUAAAAAUUAAUUAAUACGCGAUAAAGUUUAAUAAGCUCAAUAUAUAUAUAUAUAUAUAUAUAUGUAUAUUUUAUUUUGUAAUAACAAUUUUUUCUUUCUUAUUUCUUUUCGUUGAUAUCCAACAUAGAUUCCUAGUUCUUAAAGAUAGUGUGGAGUUUAUGCCGGAGUUUUUGGUUUUACAAAAGAUACUAUUAAUAAAUUUAUUGGCUUCUUUUGGUUUUUUUUUCUCUCUCUCUCUUUUUUUUUUUUUUUUUUUAUUGAUUCUUUCACUUAAACGAAAUUCAAGGAAAUAUGUCCUUCUAAAACGAAUGGAUACGUAUGUUAUGAUAGACAUAUGUGUGUGUGUAGAUAUUGACAUAGCCUACAGUAUUUUCUUGCAUAUAUAAAAAUAUAUUCUGUACAGUUUUGUAUUUUCCUAGUUAUUUAUGAAUAAUACGUUGUGAAAUUAUAAUAAUAUAUAAAUAACAUAUUUCUUUGUGCACGAAUGAAAGAAUCUAAAUAGACAAAAGAACUUAUCAGUCUGGAUAUACUUGCAAUAUAUUGAAAGAAUUUAUAUCUUAUCAAUUAUAACGUAUUUUAUACUUUUUUUUUUCUUAUAUGUAUAUUAAUUUUCUCAAUUAAUUUCUAUUACACUUACAUUUUCUGUUCAAGAUGUGUCAGUAUAAUAGAUGCAUUUAUAUUUGAACAUUAGUUGUGUGACACACAAUUUGCUAAAUACACAUUUCGAUUCAACAAGAAGAAGCAGUUAUAGAGACUAAAUUAAAAAAAAGUGUCAGGCAUUCCACUUUAUCUUUUCUUUAUGGAUUUAAUGAUGUAAAUGUGCUUUUUUUGUUUUAAUGCGAUCACGGAAUUAAAGUGUAGUGUUAAUUUUUAAUUGGAGAUUUUUCACACUGUCAAGAUUCUGUAAACAAAUAGCAACAAAUUAAAUCGACAAUUUUUAUAUUUAUAAAUAUAUACUAUAAAAUUACCAUAUCCUUUAUAUUCUUUUUUUUUUUUUCUGCAAACUGUUACAAAUAUUGUUCCGAUGGUGAUCUCAAAAAAAAAAACACUGACUACUAAAUUUAAGAUUUAGAGUGCUAUUUGAUUGCAAUAAACGGCAAUUUUACCUAUUUCUCGCUUUAAUUUAUUCUAUUAAUAAGAUGCCAAUCUAUAUUGUAUAAAUAAUUGAAAAAUCCGCGAUAUAUAUACAGUAGAACAUUAUCAAAACAGGAAGCAGCCCAUAAAUUAAUUGGUAUAUAAUUUGUUUGUAUAUUCAUUACUUACUUGUAUCCUGAUCAACAUACAUAUAUUGUAUCAUUGUUUAGUUAUUAGAAAUAUACAAUAUUCUCUACAAGCGCACGUAUAUAUGUAACACAAAUACAAAUCUUAUUCUGCAAUAUUAAUAGUAAAUGUUAGUGAUAAUUUAAUUUGAUAUAUGUACAUAUAUAUAACAAUAUACUCUGUGCUUAGUAUAGCGUAUAACAAAAUCCAUUCAAAUUCCAUACAUUUCAUUUAAAUAUAACUUGUGAUCAAAAGUGUUUUUCGUAAAUUUUUUUUAUUUAAACUGUUUAAUUUCCUAUUUAAACGCAUGGAUAUUUAUACUUUUUGAUGAGAAAAUAGAAAAGUAUUAUUCUAAAUUUUAUUUUUUUUCACACAGCUUCAUAUUAAAUCCUCUCAACGGCGGAUUUAAAAAUUUAUCAAUUUUUUGAAUCCAAUCUCAUUCUGAUACUAAGUGCAGAUAUUUGAAUAUAUUACAAAGAUGAAAAAGUUUUGUGAUCGUAUUCUCUUAUCUCUCCUUAAAAAAAAAAAAAAAAAACACCUAUC